UGUUGUUGGUAGUUUGUAUCAAUGGAGAUUUUUGAGAACCGAAGGUGGAUGUAUCAGAGGUUAGAUGCUAAUAAACGUCGGACAAAUGAGUUUAGAGAAGGAGUGUUUGAGUUUGUACAGUUAGUUACUAGUCAGAACAUGUUUCAAAUGCAAGGUGAACAAACAAGGCGUCCCUGCAAGAAAUGCAAAUGUAAAGUUUUCAAGUUUGUGGAUGAUGUGAUGAGGGAUCUUUAUGAGGAAGGGUUCAUACCAAAUUAUUAUUGGUGGAUAAACCACGGUGAAGAGUUAUCACAAUUUCCUCUCGUAGUGUUGCAAGGUUCAUACUACGAAAGUGGUGAGCAUAGGGAAGAAUUGAAUCCUUAUGAGCAAAUGAUCAUAGAUCAUGCUGGACCAUCAAUUGGCCAAUACAUAGAACAAGAGAGUGUAAUUGAGACAUAAUGAAUGGAGGA